GGUCAUGCUUUAUUUCCCCAUUUUUCAUCCACUGCCCCAAUUCUGCCCAUAUUCAAUGAGGUUUCAACGACUUUUUCAAAGAGGUUUCAAUGCUGAAGGCAAGUUAAAGAUUAGUGAUUUAGUUGAUGAUUCACUGAAUAUUAUUGUUUCAAUCGAUUGCAAUUGUUUCGCCCUUGAGUAACUGAAGAUUGAUGAUACAAUUGAUGAGAGCAUUGAAUUGGUGUUGCUUGCCCUCCCCGUCUGAUGCAAACUUUUCCGGCCGUUUACAGGUACAGCGAACAUUAAGCUGAACUUUGGAUGGACGACAACCACGAGCAAGGGUGUGGGCAGUGACCAAACAAGGGUAUUCGAUUAGGGUUGCCCAAGGAGGAAGAAGAUGACAUGAUCUUGUUCGGUUGGCGUUCUGCCCAGGUAAGUUUACUGAAUUCAAGUUAUGUCUAGCAUGAUUACCUCAGCCCUCGUUCUUGGUUUAAUAGUUGGAUUCGAUUAUGGUGUUAUCUUUGAGAUAGUUUAGUAGUGUUUUAAACCUCAUUAGCAUGCUUAAGGCUGAAAAACUGGCUAUGUGAAGUGGGUUCUGGUGACGGGUUCAAACGGGUUCGGGUCAAUGCGGGAUAUAAGCAAAAUGAGUUUGGGUCAAAUCUUUCCGCUUUAAAAACUAUGAAUUUGGUUCGGCUCCAAAUGGUUCGAAAAAAGCUCUUUUUGUUUUCGAGCCGUAAAUACUCCGAUGUGAUGGACGCUACGCUAACCCAAAGUUGUAUUUCAAUAAUAUUGGCUUUUAAUAUAUGAUUCAGUGAAUCUGCAUCGACGUUUGUACAUGUUGUAGCACAACUAAAGGAGAUAGUGAUGAGAAUGGUGGCGAAAAGUUAUGAAAUAGAGCAACUCUACGAGCCGUUCCUUGGAUCUACAGACUACAUUCUUAAAUUCAAUAAAUACAAAAGCACUAAGGCGGACGAACCGAGGCUAGGCCUCUUUCCUCACACAGAAACCAUACUCCAUCAAAAAGAACAAGGAAAGGGUCUCGAGAUAAAGACGAAGGACCAGAAAUGGGUUGAAGUUGAUCUUUCACCCUCCAGUUUUGUGUUCAUGGCCGGGGAUGUUUGCACGGCAUGGACAAAUGGACGAAUGGAGGUACCGGUCCAUUGGGUGAUGAUGGAAGGGAAAAAAGAUAGAUUUUCGAUGGUGGUGUCGUUGUAUAUCCGGGACCUCGAGAUACAGGCACCUCAAGAACCGGUUGAUGGAAACCACCCUGUGCAGUAUAAGCCAUUUGAGCACUACAAGUAUAUAGAUUUCCAUACCUACCAAAAUAGUAGAAAACUGAGAAACCCCCUCGAACACUACUGUGGUGUUUGAUCGAAUUUCUCUCUUUUCUCAUUAUAUAUUGCGCUUAUUGUAUUGGUUAUGUGUUUCAUAAUUGUGUGUACUGUAUUGGCUAUGUAUUUUGAAUAAUGUGUAUGCGGGUGCAUCGUAACCUGUAUUAUUUAUGAAAUGAUCAAAUUCAGUGUGCUUGA